AUGCCAUUUUCUCAACAAGAAGUUGUCCUUGCCAGCUCUCCUGAUGGCCCCAUUGUUGCCUAUGAUGCCUCCACAGGCACCCCUCUAGCCAGCUUCAGCGGCAGCUGUUCGCCUCGUCGUGGCAUCACUCGAGCCGGGAAAAGUUUCAUAGCCGUCUCCCACAUCAGCCCGGUCACUGCUUUGGGUUCGAUCCACAUUUAUAAUUGGUGGACUUCAUCUGCCUUCCAAAGCCUCACUGUCCCUGAACCCGUUGCCCCUCUCACAGCCACUACUGAUGGUUUUUAUCUGUUUGCUGGUGGCCUUUCAGGCUACAUACAUACUCUCUCUCUUCCAUCAGGGGAUGUUCUCAACUCUCUACCUGCACACAAAAAACCAGUCUCUUGCCUUAAGCUUAGUGCUGAUGGGUCACUUCUCAUUUCAGGUGGGGAUGAUGGCACAAUCGUUGUCAUCCCAAUCUUUCAACUUGUACAAGCCAAACCACAAGAAAAUGCAACCACGCACAUUCUGCAUCAGUUUUUAGCACAUACUGAUUCAGUGACUUCUAUUUACUCUGGCAUGGGCAUAUCCAGUUCCCAAAUAGUCUCCUGCUCAUUGGAUGGCAGAUGCAAAUUCUGGAGCUUGCUCUCAGGAACAAUCUUGCACACUGUGGUGUUCCCUUGUGCCAUUUUCAGUGUGGUCUUAGAACCAACAGAGACAGAGUUUUUCGCUGCAGGAUCUGAUGGCUUGGUGUACAAGGCCUCGUUGAGACAUAACAACAAACACCUUAUGGGCACAGACUAUGAACCAAUUCCACCAAUCUCCAACGACUUGGGGUAUAAGCGCCCAUUGAGGCGUAAAAACAAACACCUUACAGGCACAAGCUAUGAACUAAUUCCAUGGUCGCCGAAGCACGAGGCUGCAGUUAUCUCUAUAGUCAUAAUCAACGAAGGAAAGCACUUAAUAUCUGCAGCAGAAGAUGGGAGCAUCUGGGUUUGGGAAGUGAAGAAAGGGCAGGUCAUAAUGGCCCUUGAAAAUGAGAUGGGAAGCAUAAGCGAUUUGGUAAUGGCCACAGAAAAAAGCCAUGGAAAAGAACAGAGUACAGGCAGCCAUGGAAGAGCAAUGGAAAUAAGUGAGAGCUUUAGAUUACCCAUUAAGAUGUUGGGGUUGUCAAUAAAUCAAACAGUUGAUAUGCAAGAGGCGGUGGCGGCGGCCGGAAGCGACGUGAGGAGAGCCAUUGAGAUGCUGGAAUCUGCCAUUGCUGUGUAUGAGAAGAUGUUGGAGUUAAUCCUUAAGGAAGCCAAAGCAAGCUACAAUCAAAGAGAAGAAAAACAAGGAUAA